AUGGAAGGUGUAUUUUCCCUUCCUGUAGCCGUCAGAACUGAAGUUAUCCAUUCUCUCAUGCAAUCUCUUGGAGGAUUCUCUUACAUUUGUCUUUGGACAUAUGAUACCAUUUCACCAAAUCGUUUGUCCUUCUUGGAUGGUAUCUACAAUGUGAUAAGCAGCCACCAACCAAGUUCUUCAUUGGGAAGUCUCGCACAACAGCUUUUUGAUCAGUACACGAUUUUAUCAUUCGAUAUCAAUGAUGACCGUAUUCCUGGACUAGCUUUCAGGAACCAACGACGUUAUCUAGAGCUGCAACAGGUGGAACUUCUGGCACUGUCUUCUACAGAAAUACAGAAACAAUUCUACAAGGAAGCAAGAAUUAAGACUUCUGUUUUCAUGGGAUGCAACAAAGGAGAAAUUGAGCUUGGUUUCUUAAAUAUGUCCCAUACUGAUAUUCAAACAGCACUUAGGAGUUUAUUUCCUGAAGAUUUUUCAAGACAAAUUCAACAAAUUGAUCAGAAUAAUAACAAUACUAAUCCACCUUCAUCAUCUUCAUCUUCAAUGAGAUCAUUAUCAACAGCAGGUAGUCCUGAAUAUUCAUCUCUCAUUUUCAACACAAAUCCAGCCGGAACUUCUCCAUCAUCACAUCACUUUCCUGAUCAUAUCCUUGGAGGAGUAAAUAUUCCUCCAAUGAGACCUGUUUCGAACACACUACCCUUUCAUCUUCAACAACUACCUCAAAUCACACCAACACAGUUAUUCCCUAUUGAUCACAAUGAUGCUAUAAUGAGAGCAAUCCAGAAUGUUCUAUCUACACCCCCUUCUCAGCAAAGUUACGCGGCGCAUCCCGGAGCUAGUGCAUUUGGAAGGUAUAGAAACGAUAAAAGUCCUAUUAUCGUAGGGUCGAAUUUUAGACGACAGAGUUUGAUGAAGAGAUCGUUUGCAUUCUUUAGAAGCUUGAAUUUGAUGAGACUGAGAGAACGAAAUCAAGCCAUGCGUCCUUCUAGUAACCAACUUCAUCAUAUGAUAUCGGAGCGGCGAAGGCGCGAAAAGCUCAACGAUAACUUCCAAGCACUUAGGGCAUUACUUCCUCAAGGAACUAAGAAAGACAAAGCAUCCAUACUGAUAACAGCAAAAGAGACCUUAAGAUCAUUGAUGGAAGAAAUAGAGAAACUAAGCAAAAGAAACCAAGAGUUGAUGUCAGAAAAGUUGACUGCUUCGAAUAAAGAAACCAUGAAAUUCUCAUCAAAUGAGAGAAUUAACGUGCGAGUUUUGCAUGUAUCGGAAUCAAGUUCAUCGGACGAUGAACCAAUGGUAGUGGAUUUACAAGUGAACGUGAUCGGACAAGUUUCUCAAGUUGAUAUGUUGAUUCGAUUAUUAGAAUUCUUAAAUCAAGUUCAUCAUGUCAAUUUGAUUUCAAUGGAUGCAACAAAUUCAAAUUCAAAUAUUCCACAACUUCAUCAAAUAACAUUCAGGCUAAGGAUUACUCAGGUGAGUGAAUGGGACGAAGAGGCUUUCCAAGAAGCAGUGAGAAGAGUAGUUGCUGACUUGAUACAGUACCAAGUGGACCAAAAUCUAUGA